GCUCGUGGGGAGAGGGUGGGGGGGACGAGGGGAGGAGAGGCAAGACAAAGAACGCGCAGGGAAAAACAUAGAGUUUUAUAUUUCGUUUUUUUUUUGGUAAACAAGUUUUAUAUUUCGUUCAGGAGUCCAUCCAACCUUUCUGCCGUGGAGGAUGUGGAAGAUCCGGUGCUUUCCUUGCAUGGAUUCUUGAAAGGAUUUCCACCCUCUCCUCCGGUCGUCUCCCUAUCCAGGAUACAUUCAAAUAUUUCGAGUUAGAUUCCCUUCAAUUCCAUUAGUAUUCUUUCGAGGAAUUCAAGAACUCGCUUUGGCUUCCAUGAUCUUGUGUACAAGAUGGGUGUGAUGUCAAGAAAGGUUUUGCCUGCAUGUGGGAGGUUGUGUUUCUUCUUCCCUGCAUUGAGAGCAAGGUCUAGACAGCCAGUGAAGCGUUAUAAGAAGCUUUUAGCUGAAAUUUUUCCUCGAACGCAGGAUGAAGAACCAAAUGAUAGAAAGAUUGGCAAAUUGUGUGAAUAUGCUUCUAGAAAUCCACUACGCAUCCCAAAGAUUACAAGUUAUUUGGAGCAAAGGUGUUACAGGGAAUUGAGAAAUGAGCACUUCGGCUUUGCAAAAAUUGUCAUGUGCAUUUACCGUAAAUUAUUACUAACUUGUAGGGAGCAAAUGCCACUGUUUGCGAGUAGCUUACUGAGCAUCAUACACACUCUUUUGGAUCAAACAAGACAGGAUGAAAUGCAAAUUAUUGGAUGCCAAACUCUUUUUGAUUUUGUUAAUUGUCAGGUGGAUAGUACAUACCAGUUCAAUUUGGAAGGACUGAUUCCUAGGCUGUGUCAUCUGGCUCAAGAAGUGGGAGAGGAUGAGAGGGAACAGUGUUCGCAUGCAGCAGCACUGCAGGCCCUUUCUUCUAUGGUUUGGUUUAUGGGUGAAUUUUCCCAUAUCUCAGCAGAAUUUGACAAUGUAGUUACAAUAGUUUUGGAAAAUUAUGGGGGCCCUCAAAAGAAAUCAGAGGAUCUUCAUCAAACUACCAAAGAUUCCCAGAGCCGAUGGGUGCAAGAAGUCCUUAAAGCUGAGGGUCAUGUAGCUCCUUCGCCAUUUGUCAUGUCAAGGGUUCCAUCUUGGAGAAGCAUUGUUAAUGAAAAAGGAGAACUCCGUUUGACUAAGGAUGAGGCCCAGAACCCCAACUUUUGGUCCAGGGUUUGUGUGCAUAAUAUGGCCAAGCUAGCCAAGGAAGCCACCACUGUGCGGCGUGUUUUGGAGUCUUUUUUUCGAUAUUUUGAUGGUAAUAAUUCAUGGUCAUCACAAAAUGGGCUUGCGCUGUGUGUCUUAAUGGAUAUGCAAUUAUUAAUGGAAAAGGCAGGGCAAAACACACAUUUGUUAAUAUCUAUAUUGAUCAAGCAUCUUGAGCACAAGGCUGUAUUAAAACAGCCUGAUUUACAGCUAAACAUCGUUGAAGUUACAGCCAGCCUUGCUGAGCAAUCAAAAGCUCAGGCUUCUGUUGCAAUUAUAGGGGCAAUAAGUGAUCUUGUGAGGCAUUUACGGAAAACGAUGCAUUGUACACUUGGUAGGCAGGAAUUGGGGGAUGACAUGAUCAGAUGGAACAAUAAAUUUCAAACAGCAGUAGAUGAGUGCAUUGUUCGGUUAUCUAAAAAGGUUGGUGAUGCAGGACCUGUUCUUGACAUGAUGGCCGUGAUGUUGGAGAAUAUUUCAACUAACAUACAGGUUGCUAGGUCAACAAUCUCUGCAGUAUAUCGUAUGGCUCAAAUAAUUGCAUCAGUACCAAAUUUGUCAUAUCAGAAUAAGGCAUUUCCUGAAGCUCUAUUUCAUCAACUGCUUUUAGCAAUGGUCCACCCAGAUCAAGAAACACGUGUGGGGGCGCACCGUAUAUUUUCUGUUGUUCUUGUUCCAUCUUCUGUAUGUCCCUAUCCUUGCUCAGCUACACCAGAAUCACUGAAGACGUAUGAUCUUCGAAGGACACUCUCAAGGACUGUGUCUGUCUUUUCAUCUUCAGCUGCUCUUUUCGAGAAGUUAAGGGAAAAGUACUCCUUGAGAGAUAAUGCUUGCCAAGAAAGUCUGGAUAAAAACUCUCAUGGUUAUAUUGGACAACAAAAGAGCAGCAAUGAAGCAAAUCUUUAUACACUUCGGUCAUCUAAAAGUCGGAAUCAUAGCGUGAAAGGUGCUCGCUUACAGUCAUUUCGAAGUCGUGUUUUUAGCACGAAAGGCUCCCCUUUACCUGUAACUGAAGGAAAAGCUUCCAUGAACAAUGCAAAGAAGGAAGUGGACCCAGUUUCUUUAAGAUUGAGCAGUCGCCAAAUCACACUAAUGCUUUCAUCCAUUUGGGCUCAGGCCAAUUCCCCUGAAAAUACUCCUGAAAACUAUGAAGCUAUUGCUCAUAGUUAUAGUCUGAUAUUGUUGUUUUCUCGAGCAAAGACCCCAAUUCAUGAGGCCCUUAUUCGGAGUUUUCAGCUUGCAUUUUCUUUAAGGAGCAUUUCGCUUGGAGGAGGAGGUUCACUGCCACCAUCACGUCGCCGGUCCCUAUUUAUGCUGGCAACAGCUAUGAUUGUGUUUUCUUCAAAAGCAUUCAAUAUACAGCCUCUUAUUCCGCUCAUUAAGUCAUCGCUGAAUCAGAAAACGGUUGAUCCAUUUCUUCAAUUGGUCGAAGAUUCCAAGCUACAGGCUGUGAACACAACAUCUGAUCACCUGGUGAAAGUUUAUGGUUCAAAGGAGGAUGACAAUAGUGCCUUGAUAUCUCUUUCAGCUGUAGAACUAACAGAAAACCAGUCAAAAGAAUCCAUGGUCUCUGUAAUUUUGAACAGCUUAGGAGAUUCAUCAGAUACAGAAUUACUCACCAUAAGAAAGCAACUUCUAAGUGACUUCUUGCCUGAUGAUGUGUGCCCAUUGGGAGCUCAGUUUGUGGAAACUCCUGGACAGGUUCCACCAUUUGGCUCUAAAAAGGACAACUCUCAAGAGGAGGUCAUGCCUCCAACCAGCUUAAUUGAUGUCGAUGUCUUUGCUGAAGCAUUUGAAGGUCUAGUGGACCCCAGUCCACAGCUUCCCACUGACACAUCUAAUCUUCUAAGUGUCAAUCAACUUCUGGAUACG